GAGACAUAUUGCCCGUCAAGUCAGUUUUGUUCAGUGUGAAAAUUUGGCUGUGCUAGGGUUCAUGCGUUUAUUUGAACAUCUAAAAUGCUACGAAUCUAUUCAGUAUACUAAUCUGCAUUAUCACACGUAUAUCGAUCCUUGAUAAACAAGUAUUCUUUGUAAUUUUCUAAAGGUAGAGUCUAAUGUCCGGAAAUAUUUGAAUUGACGGCCUAAUCCGAAUUCAAAUUCAAGCGAGAAACAAUAUGGCGGCACUCGAGUUGCCUUAGAUGACUUGGAUUGAACUAUAAAGAGCUAAUAUAGUGUUGAUCUAAGAGAAAUGAGUUAGAGGCAAGGCCUGAUGGUUGCUUGAAUUGACAGAUUUGCAUAAGCUAAUACAUGUUCAUGUGAAAGAAUCACACUACAAAAAUGUCUGAAACUAAAAAGCGUCACAGGAGGUCCAAAGUACAGCCGAUGAAAGAAUACAAAAAUUAUGCUUAUGACCAGGAGAGCUUGGAAAGCGACCUCAAGAACAAUAAAAAAACUGAGUUGUGGAGAAAUGCUACGGAUAAAACAAAUGCAAUAAAUGUCAUCAGUAAUGUAAAAGCAUCAGCAGCAAAAUGGCGCUCUUACACAACCAGUAAACGAAAAGGAGGAAUUGAACAAGCUGGAGGAAGAAGAAAAACUGGAGGAGAUGGAUUGGAUGACAUAGCAGAUGAACAUUUUAUUCCUAAAGAUCCCAAAGAUACAAAAUGGCAAAUGAAGGCUGCCUGUAAUAGGAAUCUGAUUCAGUAUUUUGCCAAGCUUGGUCAGUCAAAAAACCAAAAUGAGAAGAUUGAUCUAGCAUUUGUUUCAAAUCUUCUAGAAAAUGGAGCCUUAAUUGACUGUUCGGACAAAUAUGGUCAGACUGUAUUUCACGAGGUUGCCAGAGCAUGGCACAUAGAUGUUGCCAGGUUCCUUCUUGAGAAAGGUGCUGAUAUAAACAAAGCUGAUAACUUUGGCCGAACUGCACUACAUGUGGCAGCAGCAGUUGACUACCCAGAAAUGGUCAAAUUCCUUAUACAAAGUGGAGCUGACAAAGAAGCUUUGACUCUGGGCGAGUCUCAAACUGCAGUUCACUUUGCAGCAAGGAAUGAUGCCUGCAAUUCACUAAGGGAACUAAUAAAGCUGGGCUGUGAAUACAAAUUAGUCAGGGACUACAAGGGCAGAACUCCCCUUCAUCUGGCGGCAGAACUUGACCGUAGUGAAACAGCUAGGCAGCUUCUUGAGUUAGAUGAUCCUGCACCUGCUGGUGUAGAAGACCACAGUGGACAGGCAGCAAUAGUAUGGAUGAUUACAAAAAUGGGACCAGUGGCAAAAGAAGCUCUGAACCAAUUUCAUACAACUGACCGUGCCAACAGAAAGCAAUACUACCAUCUUCAUAGGUUAGAACCAAGAAAACCUGGAAUUAAAAUAGAUGGCCACCCUGCAACAGCAAUGCAGGUCUUAGUUUCGCUAAAAAUGUUUGAUCUCAUAACACAUAAUUGUGUUCAGAGACUCAUUGAUGUCAAGUGGAAUGCAUUUGGAAAAUUGGGAGCUUGGAUAUCUCUCCUGGUGAAUAUGGCUUUUAUCAUAGUCUGGACCGCUAUAGCAUGUACUGUAGAAUACAGUGAGCGCCAUAUCUAUACUUUACCACAAGACUGGUGGAGAAUACUACUAGGGGCUGUAGCUGUUGGCCUCACUCUCUACAAUAUAGGAGAUGAAAUCUUGGAGUUUCGGUCCUCCAGGAAAUCACAUAAUGCAUGGAAAGAAUGGCGAGAGAAUGAGAUAGAUCGUGAUAGAAAAUACAGCCAUCCUCGCUGGCCCGAGGAGGAUCUCUUCCUGAUACAAGAGAAAAGAGACCUGGACGAUGCUAAACCUCAGUACUUUAAUGAUUUCUGGAAUGUGUUUGACUGGAUCUGCUACUUUAUGCUAUCUGUAUGUGUUGGAACACACAUAGGGGAUGUUUUCUUCCACACUGACUUCUUGGCCAGGUUGCACAUACGCAUCAUGGCUGUCACCAUCAUACUCAUAUGGCUCAGACUCAUGAAAAAUGCCAGGGCCUUUGCAACAUUGGGGCCAUUCAUUGUGAUGCUUGGUCACAUGGUUGGUGACAUUGUGAAGUUUGGAUUCUUGUAUUUAGAAUUCUUCAUACCAUUUGCAUGUGCUUUCUGGAUGAUAUUUGGAGGCAAGAAGCUCCCCCAGAGUAUUGCUGGGACACCUGCAGCUGUGAAUGCUACCUUGAUAGAAGUGAAUGGCUAUGGAGAUUGGAAUCAGCUCUUAUUCAGCAUGUUCAGACUCACUCUUGUGGAUGAGUAUGACUAUGCAGGAAUGAAACUUGUUGAUUCUAUAAUGGCAGAUAUCUUAGUUGGAUUAUGGCUUUCUCUCUCUGCAAUUCUGUGUCUCAAUCUCUUCAUUGCGCUGCUGUCUGACACAUUUCAGAGGGUAUAUGACAAUGCCCAGGCUAAUGCAGUCAUGCAAAAAGCAAUCACCAUACUUAGCUUAGAGGGGGGAAUGAGCUUCAAAAGACGUGAAAAGUUUCGCAAACACAUCCAUACAAACUGUGCACCUGAAGAGAAGUUCUAUGAUGAUGAUACCACUACAGAGGGUGGCGAUGAUCUGAAGAAAGUCACACUGCAAAUCAAAGAUGAUCUUGACCAGCUGAGGGAGCGUCUUGAUGAUCGAGCAACUGAUCAUGACAACAAUACCCACAAUAGAAGAGGGGGUGAUAACACCAGAAGACCCCCAGGUGAUAACUUUGACGAUGAUGAUGAUUUCGGACCUAAUGUAAAGCCAUCAGAUGCCAUCAAUGUGCGGAAGUUUGAAGAUGAAAUUGACAUCCUUUGGAAGGAGAUUAGAAAUGUGCGUGAGAAACAGGAAGACAUAUUGGACCAAUUAAAAAGCAGCAUGAGUACAAUUCACUCAAUGUUGAAACACAUCCAGAAUACUCAAACUGAUGGAGAUUCUCCUAGAAGAAAUAUUGCUGUAGGUGAAAGUCACAUUUACGCAAAUGAUGCUGGCAAAACAUUAGAUAUGGCAAACUGGGCAACAGUUGAGAAAAAGAAGAAGAAAGAUCAAAAGAAGCUGAAAAGGAGGCAGGAAAAACUGAAUAUGAUGCUAGAACAGAGCCACCUCACAGGUGAUGAUGUGCCACUGAUCCAAACAUCAGAUCCAACUAUAGAGGUCUCCACUAGUUACUCUGAACCAGCAGAGCCACCUGCCAUACAUGCGCCUAGUGAAUUCUACCCUGGGGCCAAUGAGGCGGAGAAUAUGAAUGUGUUUGCAGAGACUAUGACAGAGGGUGGAAGACCUGAUGUCCGAAUUAUGCCCACUGUACUGAGUAUGGAAGGAAUGUCUGCAAGUGAAGCAUAGCAUAAUACUUAGCAUUGAUAUUAUACAAGUGGCUGAUUUUAUAGUGAUAUAAGAACAUUCAGAUAUGAGUGAUUUUUCACCAUAAAGCCAAUUGGACUUAACAAUACUUUUAACGUUUUGAGCGUUAUACAGCUGACUUGAGUUUAAGCAAGUAACAUUCCAGAAAAGCAGAUUUGGUUUUUCAGGCUAGGGGAAAAAAGGAAGAGUAAAGCAUCCUCCUAAUACUGUAAUAGCUCAGUAUAAAUGCAUCAUUUAUUAGGAUACAGAUUGAAUCUAUUUAUGCAAUCUUUAUAGUUGUUAUACUUGCAACCUAUUGCUUUUUAUUAUGCAAAGAUCUGAAAAUUGCAUGUCAUAAUGGAAGGUCUGAGAAGGCAUAUUAGUUUGGUUUUUUUGAGAAACGUUAUAUGCGGUUUGCAUUGAUCACAAUCAUCUUGUACAAGUAUGAUCAUAUAUUUCCGCAUCUAUAUUACUGUAUUUUGUUAUCAGAAAUCAGAAAGGUGUAUUUCAUGAUUUUUGAAUUAUUGAUGGAAGGCAAGCUGUUUUGUAGCUUGGGAAAUGUGAUAUUUGCUGGUUGCAUCUUUGUACAAAUCUGUAUACCUGCAUCUGUAUAAUUUUGUUGUCAACAAAUCUUGAAGCUUUACACCUAGGCUUGCUGGAAAGCAAGCAAGGGAAAUUCAUAGAUCUCAGCAACUGUUUUUGUGGUAGCAAUGGAUAGGAUAAUGGUAAGAUUUUCUAAAUGGUUGCUUUACAAAGAACAUUUUAAACUAAGCAGUUUUAAAAAAGACGUCCAAAUGAUUGUGCAAAAACAUCAGUAGUUACUGGUAAGUUUAACAUUUGCCCAUUCAGUUAUGCAUGGAAACAGCUAGAAGUCUGAUUUAUGCAACCAUGGGCUUUCAAGAGACCAUGAUGCAACUGAUCACAUAACAUCCCUAAUUGUGUACACUCUUAUAUAAGGUAUGAUUAAAUAAAAAUUGAGUCUAAAUUUUGCUGGUAUAUAUUUAGAAUGACUUCUCAAUUUUGAAAUUACACAGAAAGGUAAAAAGAAUUGGUGAAAAGCAUCAUGUGUAUUGGGGAUUUCUCAUGAUUUAAACACCAAAUUGGAUCUCUGUACAAAUUGCCGUCCAUUUUAUUAUAUACGUAUUCAAAAUGAAAUAUUUUGAUAUUUAUUGAUAUUGAUAUUAUUUAUUAAAAGACUGUGUAUAUUUGUUGGUAUAUAUUAGUUAUACACUUGUAUUGUAUAUUUUAUGUAUCUGAUUGUAAAACUUUAAAAGUAUCUACACAUAAACAUUAUAUGUAUAUUUGAAAGAUUAGCCUACAGGCCUAUAGUUAUAUUUUAUAGACAUUUUUGCUCUGUAUACAUCAUAAUUCAAUGUAUAAAAUAGUAGCUUAUGAAAUAAAGGUUUUUACAAAAUUGUAGAUAGCAA